AUGCAUGAAGCACUUGAAGGAAUUUAUAUUGAAGGAAAAAAGAUUGGUCAAGAACAUGAAGCUCAAUGGAUUAUUGAUCAUUAUGUACCAAUUACAAAGCAAUUGAAUGAAAAGAUUUUUCAAGCAUGUGUUCGUCUAUAUACAGCAGAAAGUUUUGUAUAUCGUCUUAUUAAUACGGCUUUACGUUAUAAUGAUCUAACUAAAGUGGAUACACUUGGUGCAUUUUGUUAUUUAUUAUUUCAAUUUAAUUUUGCACAAGAAUUUAAUGAUUUAAAAUUCUUAGGUCGUGUUUAUCGUGUAUUAUUUAUUAUUGAUAUUGAUGAAGAUAGUGCUUAUUCUUCGGCAAGAUCUAUUGCCAAUUUAUCGAUGUAUCCACAUGAAGAUGAAGUAUUAUUAAGAUCAGGAACACAUUUUAUUAUCAAUAAAGUUCAUCAUCAAUAA